AUGAUCAAGGAGUUUAUAGCUUGUUCUGUUUCCAAAGUCCAUAGGGAGAGCAAUGUGGCUGCGCAUGAGCUUGCUGCCUAUGUUAGAGUAAACGGGGAUUUUUCUUUUCUUUUAGCUAAUGUGCCACAAGCUUCGAAACACGUAAUUGCUUCUGAUUGUAUUUCAGUUUUCUCAGUUCGGCUCGCUCUACUCAAUGGGGUAAUUGUUGUCACAAAUGUGAAACUAGUAGAAGUACCUAAAGGGCUUGGGCUGAGAGUAAUGGGUAAUGAGAUGGGCAACAACAACGUUAUCGGUCAACAAGUACCAGAGGAGAGUGCUAAGGAUUUCGACAAAACCAUGGCCAACGCAGAUUAUUCACAUGAGCUCAAUAACAUAAAUGGUGAGAAAGAUACGGAAAAGGAUGGCACUAAGGAUGUAGAUAUGUCGGAGGUAUUAAAGGUCCCUCUCAUCUCUAGUGGUGGAGAUAAGCAAAUGGCUUCAGAUCAAACAAAAUUGUCCGCUGCGAAUGAAGACUUAGAUGAGAAGAAUAGGGGCUCACCUCAGGAUCACACAUCAACAGAAGAUGAUGAUGGGAAUAAAAACUUACCUACAGAACAAGAUAAGGAGAAGGAUGGCACUAAGGAUGUCGAUAUGUCAGAGGUGUUAAAGGCCCCUGCCAUUUUUAAUGGUGGAGAUGAUCAAAUGGCUUCAGAUCAAAGAAAAAUCUCUGCUGCAAAUGAAGACUUAGAUGAGAAGAACAGGGGCGCACUUGAGGAUCAUACAUCAACACAAGAUGAUGAUGGAAACAGUAACUUACCUACAGAACAAGGUGAUGAAGCACAGGAGGACAGUGGAACUGAAACAGCCACAAAUUCUGCAGAAACAGUUGCCCGUUUCGACACCACAACUGAAGCUAUAACAAGCAACAAGGAUACUUCAUCAUCUGAUGAGCAAUUCACACAACUUGAACACGAAACUACAGAGAAAAGUGAAGAAAAUACCACGGCAAAUCCCGCCAUGUUGUUAGAGGAAAACAUUGAAGAUCUGCCAGAAGACAAGGAGGAAUCUUGUAGUCAAGAAGUUGCAGUGGUGGGUGAUAAUCUAGUUGGAGAACAUACAGUUGAAAACCUAGAAGGACAAACUGGACCAUCAACAGUGGAGGGUGAUAAUCUAGUUGGAGAGACUACAACAUCAACUGAAUCAAUUAUCAGUGGUUAUGUUGAUGACGAGACUAAGGAGGUUGUCGUCGAAGAUGAACCUAGAAAAAGAGAAAAUUCGUCAUAUGUAAGACCAGAAGGCGACACCAACCAAGAAACAUUCAAGAAUGAAGAGAAGCAAGAAAUCUGUGAGAUAGGCAAAAUCAAUACAUGCAAAACUAUAACAGAAGAUACUGUGGUUAAAAGCCCUGAAGUGCUAGAAGAAGAUGAGAAGAUCCAAGGAUUGGAAAAUCAGGAGGAAGAAUUUCCCAAAUCUAGUGCAUAUGAUGCUCCUGACAUUGUUGAAGCUGUUUCCCAAUUUCAGUUAGCUUUAGCAGAUCCAAGUGCAACAAAUGGCAAAGAAUUUCAGAAACAUGAACUGAGUAUAGCAGAACAGAUGUCAGAUUCUGUAAGUGCAGCAAUGGAGCACAAUGUAAUUGAAACAGCAGAGAAAGAGCAAGGGGGAAUUGUUGAAAAAGAUGUUGCAGACAAGAAUGAAGAAGAUAAUUUUGAAGGGGAUAAGAAAUCUGAUGAUCAUACAAAAAUCUCUGCUGCAAGUGAAGACUUAGAUGAGAAGAACAGGGACUCACUUCAGGAUCAUACAUCAACACAAGAUGAUGAUGGGAAUAGUAACCUACUUACAGAACAAGGUGAUGAAUCACAAGACAGUGGAACUGAAACAACCACAGAUGGUACAGAAAAAGUUGCCCCUGUCGGCACCACAACUGAAGACAUGACAAGUAACAAUGAUACAUCAUCAUCUGAUGAGCAAUUUAAAGAAGUUGUACACGAAAUAACAGAGACAAGUAAAGAAAGUACCAUACAGAAUCCCCUCACAUUGUUAGAGGGAAUUAUUGGAAGUGCGCCACAAGAUGGGGAGGAGUCUUGCAGUCAAGAAGUUGCAGUGGUGGAUGAUAAUCUAGUUGGAGAAGAUACAGUUGAAAGCCUAGAAGAAAGACAAGCUGGAGUGUCGGUAGUAGAGGAUCUAUCGACACCAUCGUCGGUACAAGGAGAGACUACAUCAUCAACUGAAUCAAUUAUCACUGAUCAUCUUGAUGAUGAGACCAAGGAGGUUGUCCUCGAAGAUGAGCCUAGAGAAAGAGGCCAUUCAUCACAUGUACGACCAGAAGAUGACACCAACCAAGAAACAUCCAAGAAUGAAGAGAAGCAAGAAAUCUGUGAAAUGGGCAACAACAAUACCUGCAAAACCACAACAGUAGAUACUGUGGUUAAAAGUGAAGAAGUGCUAGAAGAAGAUGAGAAGAUCCAAGGAUUGGAAAAUCAGGAGGAAGAAUUUGCCAAAUGUAGUGCAUAUGAUGCUCCGGACAUUGUUGAAGCUGUUUCCCAAUUUCAGUCAGCUUUAGCAGAUCCAAGUGCAACAAAUGGCAAAGAAUUUCAGAAACAUGAACUGAGUAUAGCAGAACAGAUGUCAGAUUCUGUAAGUGCAGCAGUGGAGCACAGUGUAAUUGAAACAGCAGAGAAAGAGCAGGGGGGAAUUGUUGACAAAGAUGAUGCAGACAAGAAUGAAGCAGCUAAUUUUCAAGGGGAUAAGAAUUCUGAUGGUAUACAUGACUCCGUCGGUCUUGUUAUGGUCCAUGGAGAAGAUUUUACAGGUUUAGGCCCGCCAUUAUCUGGCCCUCUUUCUAUUUUGAAUGAAGAAAAGGUACAUGAAGAAGUCGUCAUAGAAGAAUUAGCCGCACCAAUGACUGCAAAAUCAUUUGCUCUUAAACCAGUAGAAGAUUUUGUGAAGGAAGAUAUUAAACCUGAUAGCUCAGAUAGUAAUGAAGGAACCACCACCUCCACAUAUGAAGCAAAGACUAUAGAUACACAAGAAACUAUGAACAUCUCACAAUGUGAUCAGCCUCAACAGGUACUGCUUGAAGAACCUGAAGUUGUCAAAUUUGAAAACAGUGAGACUCUGAGCACUUGCAUAAAGCUGGUGGAAUACAGUUCAGCGACAGAAUUAAUCUUCCCUGAUGUAUUCAACAAGGAGAGAGAAGGCACAUCUGAUAAAGCCACAUGUUGUACUUCUGAAUCCAAUCAGGAGAAAGUCACAGGGACUGUAGGCUUUGCUGCUGAAUCGAAACAAAAGAAAGUUAUUGCAAAUGCUGAUAAUUCUAGUGAGGAACAGUGUUUGCUUCAGAAACCAACUCUAGGGACAGAUGUGGGUGAAGAGAUUCCGUUACUUCUGAGUACAGAAAGCAUCAACUCUUUAAGUUAUUCUAGUGAACAGCACAGCAAAUUAGUCAAGGACAUCCCCAUGACCAACAUCACUCUGAUGCAAGCCAAAGAUGAAGCCGUGGAAGAAUCUGAGAAGAGUCCACUGCUGAGCCCUAGGGAGCCAUCAGAAGGAGCCUUCAGAGCGCCAAAUCACUCGGGAAGAAACAAUAAACCACUUCGUAGCUUAAUGACGGAGGACGGUGUUGGAACGUGGUCGCUGUUGAAGGAACAAGAACCGGUUCGGAAGAACAACACCACGGUUUGA